GCCAGAUAGCCUGGUCUUUCUACUUCCGCCCUGAUCUCGACUCCAAAAGUGUUACACAAUCGAGCUGACCAUUGAUAAGGUGUGGGAUGGUGCAUUGAGCGAAUAUGCCGUGCCGUCGGCGCUGCCCGUAACCAACAUCUAAAACAAGGGGUGGCUUUGCCCAUUGAGGGUGAGUUCUUCCUAUCCCACUAUUUCAAAAUGUGCUUGUGCCCUUCAACCCCGUCUCCUUGGUGCUCUCUUCCUUGCCAAAUCUCCUAAUAUCUUACACUCUCCUCGCUCCGACGCUUGUUGGUUUUGGGUACAUGGUCAUUGACUUUGCAAUUAUGAAGGCAGCAAAGCGCAUCGCUGUGGAAGAAAUCGAAGACGCCGUAACGGCAAUACGAAGGAAGCCAUUAUUUCCAGCCUCGUUUGUCACCGUUACACCUCUAGCAACUGAUAGUUUCAGUCCACCACCAAGUCCGACAUCAACUCAGCCUUCUAGCUUGCCCAAGCCGAGCGGGAUGGAACGAAUUUUCACCCUCUCGCCCAACCCCUGUGCCGUCCUGGACAAGGACUUGCGGAUUCUUACAGUAUCACGGUCAUACCAGAAGGUUUUUGACCUGACCGCUGAGGAAUGCGAUGGCAAAAACUUUUUCGACGUCCUUGGCAAGGUACUUUCGCCGACGAAUAUGGCCAUGACUGUUAGGCUCGUCCAAGAUGCGAUUCAUGUACGAAAAGAACAGAGGUCCGAUCCUAUUGCGGGCAACAGGCUACCAGGAUAUUGGCGGCUCCGUGUGACACCGAUUUACGACGUUGAUGAACUUCUCUACAUCGUCGCGGAAGCGGUGGACGCCAGUGAAGACGUCAAGAGGACAUUGGAUCAUUAUGCCCAGCUAUCGGUUGCCGAAACAUACCGCAUUUUGGUCAGCACCCUUCGAGACUACGCCAUCUUCAUGCUCGACCCCAACGGAUGUAUAACCACCUGGAAUACUGGGGCCAUGCUUCUCAAACAUUAUACCCAGGAUGAAAUCAUUGGAAAACACUUUUCUACAUUUUACAGCGAGGAUGACGUAAAAGCUCGAAAACCUGAGAAGGAAUUGGAGAUUGCUCUUCGAGAUGGGAAAGUAGAAGACGAGGGAUGGCGCAUUAGGAAAGACGGCACGAGAUUCUGGGCCAAUGUCAUCAUUACUCCUGUCUACCGCGAUGGAGAACUCAGGGGCUUCAGCAAGAUCACGAGAGAUCUUACUGAACGAAAAGCAGCAGAAGCCCGUCUGAUUGAGGCUUACGAGGAAGCGUCCAAGAUGAAAUCCGACUUCCUUGCUAAUAUGAGCCACGAAAUCCGUACGCCCAUGCAUGGAAUGUUAUCUGCAUUGGGCCUUCUCACCGACACUGCACUUACACCCGAACAGAAAGAACUUACCGACAUCAUCGACGAAUCCGGUGCUGUACUGUUACAGGUUAUCAACGACAUCCUCGACUACUCGAAAUUGAGCUCGGGUUCGUUCACUAUCAGCAAAGAAAUUAUGAACGUGGCUGAAAUUGUUGACGCCGUACGACGAGCUUUCAAUGUUGGAUCCAAAAAUGGCCUAGAUUUUCAAGUCGAGCUGGAUCCACGGUUACCCACAUUCGUCCAAUGCGACCCUCUUCGCUACCGACAAGUUCUUCAGAAUCUGGUAUCAAAUGCCAUCAAAUUCACGGAAUAUGGCUACGUACGGGUCAAGGUCGUGGUGGAACAAGAGGAUGAAGCCGCGUGGAGCAUCAGGACCGAAGUGAUCGAUACGGGCAUCGGUGUUACUGGCGAAGCCGAAAACGUCUUGUUCACUCCCUUUGCACAGCUGGACAACUCCCCGACCAAGCGGUACAAGGGAACCGGGCUUGGUCUUUCGAUUUGCAAGAGCUUAUCAGAACUCAUGGGCGGCACUAUCGGCUUCGCACAAAACUCGGAGCAACAAGGAAGCAAUUUCCACUUCACCUUGAAGAUGAACAAAGUUGACGCGCCAGCGACACCGCCACCUGUUGUUGCAUCUGAUAUCAACCUCAAGGACGUCGCUCCGCACAAGACAUUGCUCUUGGUCGAGGACAAUGCCAUCAAUCAGACAAUCAUGGUCCGGCAGUUACGCAGCUUUGGGUUCGAAAAGGUGGAUGUGGCCGGUGAUGGUGCGGUGGCGCUCCGCUUGAUCAAGCAGAAGCCGCUGACCUACAGCUUGGUUCUUAUGGACAUUAGCAUGCCGGUUAUGGAUGGUGUCACAGCUACGAAAGAACUUCGAGCUAUGGGCUACACCGUCCCUAUCAUCGCCAUGACUGCGAACGCUCUUAAGGGGGACGAAGAAGCAUAUCUGGCAGAAGGCAUGAAUGACUACGUGGCGAAACCGGUUGACAGGAGGUUACUUACACAGGCUUUGCUGCGAUGGCUACGAUGACAUGAACCCAAGCGAAUCACAAGUCUAUGAGACACAACCUUUCCAAACCGUGUUGCUUCACUCAUCUCAAAAGCCGCAUGUUCUCAGGAUGACGUCGACGGUCGGACACUGCGUGCAGGCUGCCCUCUGGCACGCCGCCAUGACAGUUCACGGACGGUGACAAUCGCGCCACGGGCCCAAUAUCCCCUAGUAUCGAAGGCUUCGACAGCGUUUAUGCGAUCGUACGCAGCGUGGAUGAACCUGCGAGGGUCUAAUGUUUGUCACCAUCUGUGGCUCAUCCUGGAUGCAAGAAGGGAUCAGUCCAUGCGCGCAAGUCAGAGACUUUGCCAAUUUCGGCCAGUCGAUAUCUGAUCGGGCGGCAUGUCUACUAGACCGUGCCGAAGAA